AUAAUCUGUAUUGGCGCGAACACAGUUCAGUUUUGCGCGCGAAACUUGACAAUCGCGUGUGUGAUUUUUUUUAAACGAAAGGAUCUUGUACAGAUUUUUUGUGAUCUGUGGUGAUUGUGUUUUAAAAAAUAUUUUAAUAACAAUUAAGCACCAUGCACUUCACAAAUAAGAUGAUUCUUUCUUUCAUCGCGGCAUCGUCGGUGUUCACCCUGGCGACCUCAGCGGGCAACGAGUACCUCCCUCCCCCCACGGGAUAUACCUACCAGACGCCUUCAAUAUCCUUCCCCAUUAGGACCACACAGCCAACGUUCAGGCCGACGCAACCACCCCCGACCCCGCGCCCGACUCGUCCCACGUACCUGCCCCCUGCGCCCACACCUGGGCCCACGCCCUCCCCACAUGACCAUCACGAACACCACGACCACCAUGACCACCAUGACCACCAUCACCACCACGAGCCUGGCAUGCCGUUCGACUUCGCGUACACAGUGAAUGAAGACGACAACAACUACAGCCACAACGCGAUCUCUGAUGGUGACAUCACCCGCGGCGAGUACCGCGUCGCGUUGCCUGAUGGCCGCACGCAGAUUGUCAAGUAUACCGCUGAUUGGAAGAAUGGUUUCAAUGCUGAGGUAUCUUAUGAAGGAGAAGCGAGGUAUCCCGACCAACCUACAGGAUUUGCUAAUGGCAACCACCGAGCAUACGCACCACCAAGCCAAGGCGGCGGUUACCAUUAUUAAAUAAAUCCACCGAUAAAUUGUGAUACGUUGAAAACAUCCAUGCUGUAAAUAGGAAUCCAUAUUUUACAAUAAUUUUAUUGUUUACUAGCAGUAUACGUGUAAAAAAUGUGUAUAUCCCAUAAAUAAACCUCA